AGCUAGAAAAAUAGCUGUAAAGAAUCAUCUUUCAGCUAAGACUCAUCAUGUUCAAAUGGUUUCUCGUCGCUUAAAAGACUGAAAGAUGAGUUUAGAUUUUAGCCCAAGCUUUAAGCGUUCGGGUUGGAACAGCAUAAAUUCUGAUGGAGGGGAGGAUAAAUACGGUUGUAGUUCAAUCCAACCUGAUAACAUUCCUAUUCCUUUGGGCUUACCCAUAGUAUACUUCCUUGACGAUGGUCCUGACAAUAACCAGGAUACCACCAUUUCAAAUUUUGAUCUUAGUCAAGACGAUCAUGGCAAAGAUCAGUUUCAUCAAAGAAAGAAGCCAAGAUUCUUAUCAAAAACUGGUCACAAAAAUAAAAAGGUUCAUGACUUUUUUAAUUUAAAGCAGGCAUCUGAAAAUCAACAAUUGGUGCUGAAAGAUUUGCAAAACUGGCGAGAAAACAAGCCCCAGUUUCAAGAUAUCCGCGAGGGAAUUGGUGAUUUACUGACUAGUCUCAGGAGUAAACGUUUAGCUGCAGAACAUUCCAGUGAGAGUGAGGACCUAGAGGUUUGUGUAAGUGAGGAUUGGAAGUCUGAUACAACUGUAAGCAGUGAUCAGACUGGUAACGAAGACAACGCUGUCAACCGCAGAUCACUUUCUCGUGAGGAAUAUGAAUCAUCUCGUACACCCCUCAUUCGCCGAACUAAAGAGAAAAGACGCCAGCCUUUCAAAGAGAAGGUAAAACCUAUAACUCCCAUUGGAAUCAAAUUGAAUUCAAAGCAAAGUAGAGAUCGGUCUUUCGUCACUUCCAGUUCGCUUCAGAGUGAAACAAAGCGAGGAAAGUUGGGGAGACCGAUUAAUAAGAACAACAGAGUUGUUACAAAUGCCAGGUUAAAAAAAGAAAGAAAAGCACGAGAGGAGAGAGCUAAAAACCUAACCCCAGAUCAAAGAUUUGAAAGGCUGCAAAGGUUAUUUCUCAUCAUCCAAAUGGGGAGUGAUAUUGAGAUGGAAUCUUUUCUUGAAAAAAACUGCCAUCCAGUAGAAAUCGUACCAAAAUUUGGAUGCAAAAAGAAAUAUCACUCGGAAAUAAAUCUGGUAAACGCUCGUGAUCAUUUCGGUAAUUGCCCUCUCCUUCUGUCAUGUAAAAUGGGGUCCUCCAGAAACAAUAUGACAAUGAUGCUCCUGAAAUAUGGGGCCAAUCCGAACCAAGUGGAUGAUAACAAGGAUUGUCCUUUAGUCUAUGUAGCCCGAUCCGUGAGUUUAAAGGUAAACUCUACUGCUACUAAUACUGAUAAUAAGAAUAUCCUCCGGCAACUACUACUCCAUGGAGCAGACAUCAAGCAGGCAGUGGAUACUCUGUGUGCUACUCUGGAAAAUCCCGACAAAGAAUCUCGCACCGCAAUGUUGUCCCUUACAGCCUUUUUCCAACAUGAAUUUUUGAUGCUUACCAAGGACCCAAUAAAAACUGCCCAUCAAAUUAUUGGUGCGCUUCUCAAGGUUGCUUCAGUUAAAAAGGAAUACACCACUGACUGCAAAAUCCUCGUUAAGUCAGCCAGAGAUUUCACCUUUGCUUACUUGGAUGCUUGUCGUACGCUUUGGGAAGCAAGGCGUUUGCUUUGUGGUUCCAACUACAUUGAAAACGCUCUGGAGACUAAAGAAAAAAAGUUUCUGUCGCAUCCAUUUUGCCAAGAAAUAGUUCUUGAAGAGUUUUAUGGUAAUAAAGAUUUUAAGAGCUACAGAGGAAAAGCUCUUUUUGUUUUUAAACCGUUCACGUCCUUCUUUGUGGGACCAAUAUAUUUGUUAUUGCUAAUCAAAGACUACUUGGUUUUGAGAGAAUGGAAUUUUAAAUAUAGUCGUUUAGAUUAUCUUUCCCUGAGUAUUACCACACCAUUCUACUCUUUUCUUGCUGACCUUCUUAACUAUGCCAUCCUUCUGGGUCUUCUUCUCUACGUUGCUUUAACAGUUCCUGACAAAUUUGUUUUGGAGGAUCAAGAAGGGGGCGAAAUCAAUAAUGAUUAUGCAGAAGAUUUUCUUCAAAGCAAUUCCAGGAUAAACAUUCCGGAAAUAAUUCUUUGGCUAUGUGUGCUAGCACGAAUCCAAAUGGAAGUGUAUCAAAUGAUCUGCAUGAGGAGUGCCAAAAAAUACUUCUCCAACUUCUGGAACAAUGUUGAUGUACUGAUUUGCGUCUUGAUGAUUGUAGCUUUCGCUAUAAGAUUUUGGAAUUGUACUGUGGCUGCAGUAGACAUAUCAAAGAUCGAAGAUGAGGUGCAGCUGAUUGAACCCGAGAAAUUGGUGGAAGGUUUUAAAACCAAUACCUUGACAUCAAUCUACUUAUAUAGUAUAACCCAAAUGUUUGUGUUUUUUCGUGUGAUGAACUUCCUGGACGUGAUGAGCGUGAUUGGGCCUCUACAGCUUGCUGUUAAAAAGAUGCUGAGUGAUGUUGCUAAAUUACUCGUCCUUCUUGUGAUUAUAUUGCUAGGAUUUGUUUGUGCAAUACUCUGCAUUGCUAAUUGUCACAGAAAGGUUACGGGCACACCAUACUAUGAGCAGUUCAGCACAUUUGAAAAAGUUCUUGUCAGCAUGAUCUGGACUCUUUUUGACAUCUUCAGCUAUGAUGAGUUAUCAAAGGACCAUAUAGUGACAUAUUGGAUUGUCCUGGUGUUAACGUUAGCGUACUCAGUUAUCGGAGCUAUCAUCAUUCUGAACACUCUAAUUGCGAUGCUGAAUAACACGUAUGUGAACAUACAAAGUAACGAGGACACAGAGUGGAAGUAUUCUAGAUGUCAACUUUUUUCGGAGUAUAAGGGGGGAAUACCCUGGGUUUUUCCCUUCAGUUUGAUAAUGGUCCCAAUCUACACUGCUUACCGUGUCGUCAAGGAAAAGGACAGACGUUUGAGAAAAGAAGAAAAAAAGCCGAAAUUGAAAGUACAUUUGCAUUACGAUUGUUUGUUGGAGAUACAUCAAGACCGUGAAGCUGACACAGCCAUGCCAGUGUUAAAGAAGAUGAAAUCUUUUCUUGGAAAACGUCUCUAAUUGAUGAUGAAUCUAUAUCUGUUGUACAAGAAAUGAAGAUGCGAUAUCUGCUUAUCAACAAACUAGCUCGGAGAGUCGAUUUAUCAAAACGCUAAUAUUUAAUUUUGCAUUAUUUUCUGUGUUGUGAUAUUUGGUAGAAAUACUGUUUUGAAAACUUUUAAAAUUCGCGAAUAAUUGCAGCGUAAAAUAAGUUUACAUUAGCGAUAUAAUCUAAAGCCGUUCUUUAUAGAGUUUAAUAAAAAAUUAUGGUAUGAUAAUGACAGUUUGCGUUUUCAACUCAUUGAAUCUAUGUUUAGUUACUUUAAUUAUCGUUUUAACUAUCAAUAUCAUGCAACUCAUAAUAAUAUUUAAUCGUAAUGUAAAAGUACAGAACACUUACCUUUGUCUUCU